AAUACAUAUAGCUAUAUUGAUAUUCAGUGGGAAGAGUUUAAAUUUAACGACGACGCAGUUUUAUUCUGCUGAUCCAAGCAGAGCAUAAUUCAAGCGGCGGUUGCGCGCGUUUUUUAAUUAAAUAAAAUAAAUUCAGCAGUUUUUAAACAAACCUUACAAAUGGAUUUCUAAGAGCAUACUCCUAAUAAAUUAAAGCAUGUAUUCAGUGCAACAAUACAAAAUGCACCGACGGUGCUUUUCAUAUUCCGCUCUCCUUUUGAUGAUUUUGAUCUCACAAAUAAUCAUCUGUACACCGCUACCACGACCGCAGAACGAAUUGGAACCUUGGUUUGAGGGAGCUGCCAAUUGCGGAGGGGACGGCGCACCUCUCAUCACGCCUUGCAAGGAUUCAAUUAUACUGGACGGGGGUACGGACUACACUCUACGCUGUGAGGCGCCAGAGCCGAUUAUCUGGUGGCACGUGCCAAACGGCCGACAGGAUAGCACGCCUUUUCACAACCUGGAUGAUCCGGAUCGGCCCUUUGGAGUCUCCCUCCAGCUACAAAACGUUCACAGCGAGUAUGUGGGCGCCUAUUACUGUGUCAAGCUGUCCGACAUUCCCGAUACCGAAAUAGAUAUCCGCGAAUCCAAAUUCAUAGAGCUGACCAACAACAACGAUGCUACUUCGAUUUAUGUUUAUGUGAACGACAGAAACCACCUUUUAGGGCCAACGAUAGCGAUGGUCGACGUAACGCAGUUCGAUGAGGUCAUCAUACCCUGCAAGCCCACAAUGCCGGAUGUGGUCGUCCAGUUGUCCUUCAAUGGCGAGUCCGGCGAUAGCCAACAUGUCAUUAAUUCCCAAAAGCUUAGCGACAGCAAACAUAGCUUCUACAGUACAUCGAGCUAUAACCCAAAGCAGGGCUUCAUUUUACUGAUUGAGGACAUGUCGCCGGGCACCAUGAAAUGCGAGGCCCUCAAUAAUAGCGAGCAGAUUGCCGAUUGGUUCCCCAUAGAUUUGUUUUAUAUGCAAGCGCAAAGCACUAUUAGCAAGCCUACGAUAAGGUCGAAUUCCCGAGGUCACGCCUACGUUGGGGACAACUUUGAAUUGUCCUGCGAGCUGUCUGCACGAACGGAGGAGCGUUAUUCCAUCGAAUGGAGGCCACCAACGACCGCAAAUAUGAAUCAUAUAAACAACACAUUUGCCUCACAUUUCGACGACACCCAGAAGAACACCACCCACAAAUUGGGUCGCAAGUUGCUGAGGGUCACCAAUGCCGGGCUCAGUGAUUCGGGCUUCUAUAACUGUACAGUUACAGACCCUAAGGGAAAUGUAAAGAUAGCUAACUAUAAAAUGAAAAUAAUGGAGCCGAAUUCAAGCUAUUUGGAAAUGAAAGAACCUUCAGACCAUUAUAAAGUGCGCGAAAACGCCAACAAGACUGUUCAGAUAACAGUUGAGUUCCGGGGCUUCCCCCAGCCGACGCUCAAAUGGUACAAGCCAGACGGAAGUGAGAUCUGGGAAACUGGAGGCCGGUUCAGUAUUACCUUCAAAGAGGGUAGCACAAGCACCUCCACGCUAUUGCUGAGGAACGCUCAGCUACUGGAUAGUGGUCGUUACAUUGUCAAAGGCACCAACGGCAUUGAUUUUAAGCAGCUGGAGUUUAAUGUGAGCAUAAGCUCGAAGCCCAUUGUUAGCUUACACGACGUAUAUGUGGAAGAGGGACACGAGGCCGCCCUUAACUGUACCGUCAAGUCGUUCCCCACAGCGCUGGUCACCUGGGUGUUCACCCCCUGCAGCACUCAGCCCCACUGGCCUUCCUGCGACAAUAGAUUCAGUCAAACCUUUAAUUCUAGUCAGAGGCUAUAUCCAGGCGAACUCAGUAUUGAAUAUAUCCACGAACUCCGCUUUAUGCCCACCCAACCAGGAAUUUUGAGCUGCAUAGCUGCGAACAACAUCGGAGGCAUAGCCAAGGCCAACGCACAUGUUUUUAUCGCAGAUAUCUCGGAAAAUAUGACUAUAUACGGCUUGGAUGAAAAGGAUAAAAUCGCCCGCGGCGAUCCUCUAAGCUUCACUUGCGCCGCUCUGGCCUAUCACUUCCGAGACAACUUGGUAUGGUACCAUAAUGGCGAACUGGUUCAAGAAAGUAAUGAUCUUAAAAUUGAAACAAACAACACGAAAUACUCGUACAAGAAAACAUUAAAAAUUGGUGCCGUCAGGGAUGAAGAUCGGGGCACCUACGAAUGUCGUGCCUACUAUAUAAAAAAUGAUAGUGCAUUCGAAACUUCUGAAACCAAUGUAUUCGUCCAUGAGCCGAAAGCACCAAAAUGGGAGGACGAAACUCUGGCUCUCAACUCAAAGAUUGAACGGAAUAUAGGCGAAGAGCUCGCCCUAUACUGCCGAUCCGAUGCCAUUCCCAAAGCCAACGUGCGCUGGUAUAAGGAUAAUGUGGAAGUGGUGCAGUCUAAGCAUAUAAAGAUUUCCGACGAUCAGUCGGAACUACUUUUCCGGCAUCUGUUGCCAGCCCAUGAUGGCGUCUACAAAUGUGUGGUGCAGAACCGUUUGGGUAUCAUUGAAAGCUCGACAACGGUGGUCAUUGCCAAUAUGCCAAGGAGAAGUAAGACCGUAGUGUGGAUAAUCAUUGCAAGCUUUCUGGGACUGAUUUCCCUGUGCGUCUACUUCUGCUGGCGGUAUCGUCGGGAGCGUAGACGGCAUUUGGCUCUUAAGGCGGCCGGCUUGGCUAAUUUCGAGGAGGGCGCCGUCGAACACAUAAAUCCAGCCUUGACACUAGACGAGCAGGCGGAUCUGUUGCCUUACGAUCGAAAAUUUGAGUUCCAACGCGAAAAACUCAAACUGGGUAAGCAGUUGGGUGCUGGCGCUUUUGGAGUGGUGCUCAAAGGCGAGGCGGAAGGUAUACGCAGCGACGAACCCGUAUCGACCGUGGCUGUGAAAAUGGUGAAGCGUACCGCCGACAAUGAGGUGGUCAAGGCCCUGGUGUCUGAGCUGAAGAUAAUGGUGCAUUUGGGACAACAUCUGAAUGUCGUUAAUUUACUAGGUGCCGUUACGAAGAAUAUUGCAAAGCGGGAGCUGAUGGUCAUCGUCGAGUAUUGUCGUUUCGGAAAUGUCCAAAAUGUCUUGCUGCGCAAUCGCAAGUAUUUUAUUAAUCAGAUAAGUCCAACAACCAACAAGAUAGAUCCAACCAUCGAUACGCAACGCUUCUCCGAGAACUAUGAACUGCAUCGUGAUGGUGGUGGUGGUGGUAACGGUGUCUUGAAGUAUGCUAACCUCAGUUUCAAGAACCACUCAUAUAUCAAUCAAAUGAACAACAACAACUAUACAAACAAUCAUCGCAGAAACUCGGAUAACGAUCCCAGAUCCGGUACACGUGCCGGUCGUCCCGGCUCUGCUGGUUAUAGUUACGAAACACGUACCGACACAUGCGCCACAGAAGCCACCAUGCUGACCACCAUAGAGGAUGAUGAUCAUGUGAUGUCAAACAAUUCUAUACAACCGGCUUGGCGUUCCAAUUACAAGCCCGACUCAAUAGAAGCUAUGACUGUAACGACGACCGAUUUGGUCAGCUGGGCCUUCCAAGUAGCUCGUGGCAUGGACUAUCUGUCAUCGAAGAAAGUGCUUCAUGGCGACUUGGCUGCACGAAAUAUUCUUCUCUGUGAUGACAACGUAGUCAAAAUUUGUGACUUUGGUCUGGCCCGAUCCAUGUACCGGGGAGAUAACUACAAAAAAACGGGCGAUGCACGGCUGCCUAUCAAAUGGUUGGCCUUGGAGUCCCUUAGUGAUCACGUGUUCAGCACCUACACUGAUGUGUGGUCCUUUGGCAUUGUGCUAUGGGAGCUUUUCUCUUUGGCAAAGGUACCAUAUCCGGGCAUAGAUCCAAACCAGGAACUGUAUGUAAAAUUGAAGGAUGGUUACCGCAUGGAGAAACCGGCGUUUGCUAACGAUGAUUUAUAUGAAAUAAUGCUUGAGUGCUGGAGAACAAAUCCAGAAUCUCGACCUCUAUUCAAUGAGUUGGAAACGCGAUUCGCUGCAUUGCUCAGCGAGGAUGUGGCAUCCCACUACAUGGAUCUCAAUGAUCCGUACCUGCGUUCAAACUCUGAGUAUAUGAAGAAUCGGCCAACAGACUAUUUGGCACUAAUGGGUUCACCCGAUGAGCUCGCACCCGCGCCCCCUCCUUAUGUCAAUGGCCAUAUUGUGCCCGAAAUUCGUAUCGAUGUGCCACCAGAUGAUAACUUACAACUGAGCCUCGAGAACACCACCGCCAUUUUCUCACCCACGCGUCCCAAGGGCGAUACACCCACAUCCCAAGCCGCAGAUAUUCCGGAAAACUCAUGUACAAAAACCACCGAAACUUCUUUCACUUUCCCAGAUAUCCGACGGGAUCAGCCCCACAGCCCCACGCUGGCAAACAACAUUGACAGCAACGCACACAAACCUCUCCGAAAGAAAAACGGUCUGCCCACAGUAGACGCUCUUGAUAGGCCCCCCGAGGAGAUACCCAUGCUUCAUCGGGCAUCCACAUCAAGUGGCGACCAAAGUCCAGAGCAGUCGCGAAAAUUCACACAACAGUCCCAUCCCAUGCCAACGCCCUCUCCCCGACACCAUAUUGAAACAAAACUCAAUGGGGAAAAGGAGCAUUAUGUCAACAUAAAGCCACCUCGCAAAGCGCUGGCAAACAAACCUGCUGGCGGAGGUGCAGACGCGUUUUCGAAUCCCAGCUACCAAGCACUAAAAACUGUUAGCGAGCAGGAAGAGAGGAGAUAUUAAAUUUAUGAAUAUUGUUGAUUGUCAACAAUAUAUUUUAGGAUUUUAAAUAUUAGACAUAAGUAUAUUAAUUUGUAUAUAAAAUAUAUAUUCAAUAUAUCGAAA